UCACAGAGUUUAGACACACAGUGCAGACAAACAAUAAGAUACAGAAAUGAAUAUGCGGCAAAAUCGAUAUUCCCGAUUUCUAACAUACUGACGAACUUAUUAACUGAUGAUGUCUUCUCUAGAAAUGGAACAGUUAAACAGAAUGAAAGCAAGAUUCGAGGCAUUACGUGCAGAGUCUCAAGUUUGUAAGAGGAAACUGGAAAGCAAAUGCCAAGCACUUAUGAUCAUAAGUAAAGAGUUGGACCAUUGCAGAAGUGAAAGGGACCAGUUUAAAUUAAUGGCUGAGCAGUUACAAGAGAGAUAUCAAAACAUUAAACGACAACUUGGACAUCCAUGUUAUUCACCAUCCUUAGAUGUAACCAAAUCCAGAUGUUCAACCAGCACUAAGAAUCUCGGAAGCUCGUUGAUUUCAUGCAAAGAGAGAAAUAAGUCAUUAGAAUUUGAAGUGGAAGAUUUUAAGCAAAAGCUUCAUGAUGCUAACGGAGACAUUAAGCUUUUAAGAGAACAGAUUGCUCGUCAAAGAGUUGGAACUUCAGAUGAAGGCAUUAACAUCAGACAUUUUCCUGCACAUGAAAGGGAAGAUCUUGUAAAACAACUGGAAGCAUCGAGAAAAGAGAUUAAUCAGUUAGAAAGAGAUCUUCAACAAGUGAUAGAUGAAAAAGAAGAAUUAGUUAUUGAAAGGGUGGCAUAUAAAAGUAAAUAUGACAGACUGAACCAGGAACUCAAUUACAUUCUAAAAGGAGAUGAGAACAGAAUUGUUGAUAUAGAUGCACUUGGUAUGGAAAACAAGUAUUUACAAGAGAGCUUAAAGCAGAUGGCAGAGGAAAAAUCAAUGGCUAUGGCAACAGUUUCUAAAUAUAAGAAUUUACUCGAGAGAAGAAAAACUAAAAGUUCUUCAUUAAAACUAGGACAAAGUAGAAGUGGAGGGUUAGUUAUUACACAGAAACAAGUUCAUCAGAUUUUAGAGGACCACACACAGAUUGCAGCUACACCUCAAGCUAUGUCAGACCUUCAGGCUCUUGCAUCAGCUUUGCUUGAAACUGUCAAUGAUAAAAAUUUAGCUUUGUCUCAUCAGAGAAAAACAAACAAAAUUUUAGGGAACAGAGUUUCAGAACUAGAAAAAAAGAUCAAGACGUUAGAAGUUGCUGGAUUAUGGAAUGUACCAAGCAAUCUUCCAAACCUGGAAAAGUUGAGGGCAGAGUGUGAAGAUGUAAAGACACUAAUUCCGCUCAUGUCUCAAUCAAGUGACGACACAGGACAAGAUACAAGUCAAGAUAUCGAUCACUUCAAUAAUGAUAACCUAGAGAGUGACCUUAACAGUCCUUCCAGCAGUGAAACGACAAGUCCUACACAUUGUAGUAAUAUUAAUUCUCCUAAUAACAGCCUUGUGCUUCAUGGAGAUAUUAAAAAUGCUAAUUUUAACAGUUCAUUUAUGCAGAUUCAGGGUGUGUCAAAAGACUACGGAAAUUCUGCUGAAUUCCUUUCUCCAGAUCAUAAUGCAGUUUCAAUGGAUGACCUAGACCUUCUUCCUACAAAGGAGGAAAUAGUUAAAUGUACUGAAAGAGAUGAUUUAAAACCGAGCAAUUUAUUGUCAUCUGGAGGACAGCUGGUAGAUAUUUCUUUAAAGGAGCAACAAUAUGAAGAAACUGUUACUGAAAAUAAACUGAAAUCGUUAAUGAAUGAUGUCACAAACAAAAUGGUGGAGUUUUCUCAUAAAACGAAAAGUUAUGGACAAUUCCUAAUAGAGACAACUGUUGAUAAUAACCAGCAAUCCGAGGAUUCACAAACAGAUGCCAGUAUGAAAUCUAAAAAUGUAGAAAAAGAGUGCGAAGCUUCAACUGUGGCAUGCAAUAAUUCCUUAGUAGAAGAGACUUUAACCCACAUUUCAAACGAGAAUGAAUGUUGAAUCCCCUUAUAGUUUAUUGAAUACAGUCAACAUUUUGCAAUUUUAAUAAUAACUAUUAGAUAUACAGAAUUAUAUAUAUUAUAUCAGUUCUUUUAUUGAAUUGGUCUUAUGUGAACUAAUAUUACAGAAUAGCCAAUGAAAACAAUUUCAAUAUUUAUUUCUGUUGAUGCAAACAGUAAAAAAUGUUUUAUCAUAUGGGGAAACAUAUAUAUCUUGGGAUUAAUUAUGAUAGAUUAUUUAAAGUAACAUUCAUGAGAAGAAAAAUCUUUAUGAAAAGAUCCGGCCUUUGUAGCUACUGAUUAAGCUUUUUUGGUCAAACUUCAUUUUGCAGAAGGUAGAUGGUUGAUCAGUAUUUACACACUAGUUGGUAUAAUAUUCAUCCUGUCCACCUUAUCACCCUUAAUGUUUUGUCAGCUCUUUUUUCAAUUUGAAUUAAGGUGUUCACUCAUGUAAUUCGUACUUGAGCGAAGAAAAUGAGAAACAUUCUGAAAUAGAGAAAUAAUGAUUUUGUUUAUUAUUUUUUUUAUAUUUGUAUGAAAAUUUCUGCUGAUCAAACCUUGGAUGAGUUAGAUAAUAAAAAUUAAUCUACAUAUUUUUUGGGGGGUCCUGUAAAGAUGUGUGGCCAUUAUCAUUUUUUAUUACAUCUUCUUCAGAGAUUAAUAUAGGUUUUUACUUAUCAACACCUCAAUGAGUUCAAUAACAUAAACAAUCGAUAUCAAUUGAAGAGGGUUGCUUGCCAAAAUAUACCUUUUGAAUACCGGUUUCUAAGAAACUUACAUCUUACCCUUCCGAAGCACCUGAGAUCAACCCUAGUUUUUGGUGGGGUUCGUGUUGCUUAUUCUAUAGUUUUCUAUGUUGUGUCAUGUGUUCUUUUGUUUGUCUGCUUGUCUUCUUUCAUUUUUAGCCAGUCGUUGUCAAUAGAUAUAGAAAGAUGUGGUGUGAGUGCCAAUGAGACAACUCCCCAUACAAAUAACAAUUUAAAAAGUAAACCAUUAUAGGUUAAAGUACGGCCUUGUUUAUUUUCGAUUUAUGAGUUUGGUAUAUCGUCCCUCUUUUACAAUACGACAACAUCAUAAUUAGUGUCGUGGCAAAUAAUCAAAAUAAAAACGAAUUAAACUUUU